AUGACCGACGACGAUGCUGAUCCUCCAAAUCUUCUUGAACUGAUCAAGGGUGUCUUGCCAUAUCAGGCUAUUGUGGCGAUCCCGCCCAUCACAAAGGCGGACCCUUGGGAAUGGGACAGUGACCCAACACAUCCGCUUGACGCCGGUACCAAGAUUACUAGCCCGGGCUGGAGGAUAACCAAGCAUGGCUACAGGGAUGAUAUACUUCGCUUCUUCAUUGGUUAUUUGCACAACGGAUAUGACUCAAGAGUUGACAGUUGCACAGAAGUGCAUGUUGGAGCUGAGACGUUCAUGUUGUAUUAUUCUUUAGUAAACCAACAGUCGGGUGAGACUGCUUCUCAGACUUUAGCCAAUGAGACGGAAUCUAUCAAUCACCAUAAGCAUGAUGGCACAGUGUCUCGGCAGCUUGCAUCUGACUGGUCCAAAGCUGCAAAAGCCAAGGUCGAGCCUAGUAAGGGAGGUAAUGUAUCCGGUUUAGAUGACAAGACAAAGCGGUGUCAUGAUCGUAUCCUUGGGUUUUUCAAUACUCAUCAAGACGGGGAUCCGGAUGGGAUAAUUCAGCAAAUGCAAAGUACUAGAGAUCAGUUGUGGGAGGCUUAUGAAGCGUUGGUGGCCAAGGUGCAAUCAUCAACAACAGCACCUCUGACAGAUGAAGAUGGGAUAGUGCUCAAGUUUGAGCAAUUGGUGACAAACGUGCUGGAUCUGGGUACACAGUUCAGGGAGUUGGGCAUGGAGGGGACCUACCAGUCAAUUCUCCUUGAACCACACAUUUACUCUAGCACGGGAGCAUGA